UCAGUGAGCAGUAGGUGCCUGUGCAAGCUCGCGCCGCACACUGCCUGCUGGAGGGAAGGAGCCCGGGCGCCGCUCGCCGCUCCCCGCGCCGCCGCCCGCACCUCCCCGCCGCCCGCCGCCCGCAAAGCAUGAGCGAGCCCGCUCUCUGCAGCUGCCCGGGGCGCGAAUGGCAGGCUGUCUCCGCGGAGUAAAAGGUGGCGCCGGUCAGUGGUCGUCUCCAAUGACGGACAUUAACCAGACUGUCAAAUCCUGGGGAGUCGCGAGCCCCGAGUUUGGAGUUUUUUCCCCCACAACGUCACAGUCCGAACUGCAGAGGGAAAGGAAGGCGGCAGGAAGGCGAAGCCCGGGCUCCGGCACGUAGUUGGGAAACUUGCGGGUCCUAGAAGUCGCCUCCCCGCCUCGCCGGCUGCCCUUGCAGCCCCGAGCCGAGCAGCAAAGUGAGACAUUGUGCGCCUGCCAGAUCCGCCGGCCGCGGACCGGGGCUGCCUCGGAAACACAGAGGGGUCUUCUCUCGCCCUGCAUAUAAUUAGCCUGCACACAAAGGGAGCAGCUGAAUGGAGGUUGUCACUCUCUGGAAAAGGAUUUCUGACCGAGCGCUUCCAAUGGACAUUCUCCAGUCUCUCUGGAAAGAUUCUCGCUAAUGGAUUUCCUGCUGCUCGGUCUCUGUCUAUACUGGCUGCUGAGGAGGCCCUCGGGGGUGGUCUUGUGUCUGCUGGGGGCCUGCUUUCAGAUGCUGCCCGCCGCCCCCAGCGGGUGCCCGCAGCUGUGCCGGUGCGAGGGGCGGCUGCUGUACUGCGAGGCGCUCAACCUCACCGAGGCGCCCCACAACCUGUCCGGCCUGCUGGGCUUGUCCCUGCGCUACAACAGCCUCUCGGAGCUGCGCGCCGGCCAGUUCACAGGGUUAAUGCAGCUCACGUGGCUCUAUCUGGAUCACAAUCACAUCUGCUCCGUGCAGGGGGACGCCUUUCAGAAACUGCGCCGAGUUAAGGAACUCACGCUGAGUUCCAACCAGAUCACCCAACUGCCCAACACCACCUUCCGGCCCAUGCCCAAUCUGCGCAGCGUGGACCUCUCGUACAACAAGCUGCAGGCGCUCGCGCCCGACCUCUUCCACGGGCUGCGGAAGCUCACCACGCUGCAUAUGCGGGCCAACGCCAUCCAGUUUGUGCCCGUGCGCAUCUUCCAGGACUGCCGCAGCCUCAAGUUUCUCGACAUCGGAUACAAUCAGCUCAAGAGUCUGGCGCGCAACUCUUUCGCUGGCUUGUUUAAGCUCACUGAGCUGCACCUCGAGCACAACGACUUGGUCAAGGUGAACUUCGCCCACUUCCCGCGCCUCAUCUCUCUACACUCGCUCUGCCUGCGGAGGAACAAGGUGGCCAUUGUGGUCAGCUCUCUGGACUGGGUUUGGAACCUGGAGAAAAUGGACUUGUCUGGCAACGAGAUCGAGUACAUGGAGCCCCAUGUAUUUGAGACCGUGCCGCAGCUGCAGUCCCUGCAGCUGGACUCCAACCGCCUCACCUACAUCGAGCCCCGGAUCCUCAACUCUUGGAAGUCUCUGACAAGCAUCACCCUGGCCGGGAACCUGUGGGACUGCGGGCGCAACGUGUGUGCCCUAGCCUCGUGGCUCAGCAACUUCCAGGGGCGCUACGAUGGCAACUUGCAGUGCGCCAGCCCGGAGUACGCACAGGGCGAGGACGUCCUGGACGCGGUGUACGCCUUCCACCUGUGCGAGGAUGGGGCCGAGCCUACCAGCGGCCACCUGCUCUCGGCCGUCACUAACCGCAGUGAUCUGGGGCCCCCUGCCAGCUCGGCCACCACACUCGCGGACGGCGGGGAGGGGCAGCACGACGGCACAUUUGAGCCUGCCACCGUGGCUCUCCCCGGCGGCGAGCACGCCGAGAAUGCCGUGCAGAUCCACAAAGUGGUCACGGGCACCAUGGCCCUCAUCUUCUCCUUCCUCAUAGUGGUCCUGGUGCUCUACGUGUCCUGGAAGUGUUUCCCAGCCAGCCUCAGGCAGCUCAGACAGUGCUUUGUCACGCAGCGCAGGAAGCAAAAGCAGAAACAGACCAUGCAUCAGAUGGCUGCCAUGUCUGCCCAGGAAUACUACGUUGAUUACAAACCGAACCACAUUGAGGGAGCCCUGGUGAUCAUCAACGAGUAUGGUUCGUGUACCUGCCACCAGCAGCCCGCGAGGGAAUGCGAGGUGUGAUUGUCCCAGUGGCUCUCAACCCAUGCGCUACCAAAUACGCCUGGGCAGCCCGGACGGGCGGCGGGCACCAGGCUGGGGUCUCCUUGUCUGUGCUCUGAUAUGCUCCUUGACUGAAACUUUAAGGGGAUCUCUCCCAGAGACUUGACAUUUUAGCUUUAUUGUGUCUUAAAAACAAAAACGAAAUAAAACACAACAACAACAACAACAAACCCACCCCACAACCUUCAGGACAGUCUAUCUUAAAUUUCAUAUGAGAACUCCUUCCUCCCUUUGAAGAUCUGUCCAUAUUCAGGAAUCUGAGAGUGUAAAAAAGGUACCAAUCAUUGAUUUUUUUUUUUUUUUGUAAACUAAAAUGUUUAAAAUAAAAUAGCAUUUACAGUUUUUA